AUGCCGGCAGUGACGGGGCCGAGCUCCGUCAAUCCGGCUCUUAUGACGAAAGCUGCCACCCUCCUCGCUGGCGUUCCCGCAUCACCUCUCUGCAUAUCACCACUCUUCAAGGAAACGCAGGGAGCCGGGAUCACUGAGAACUUGCCUGAUGUUGCCGAUCAUGGGCUUCUAGCGCCGGGAGCGUUCCUGUGGGCUCCUCGGAGCGGGCUAGCGCGCUCCUGUCCUCUGUUUUCCCCAAUAUACUCCUCUAAGACAUGGAUUUGCCAGUGCAAAAUGAGUAGCAAGUUUGAUUUUAAGAGCCUCACUUCAAGCCAGACAUCCCCUAUGGGUGAUCUUCAGAGAGUCCUUAGCCAAGGAGAAUAUGCCCCUUUGACCGCUGCUCCCAUGUUUGAAAGCAAGUUUGUCCAGAUUAAUCGAAGAGGGGAACCCAUUUAUGUCCACAACCGACCCAACUGCGUGACCGUAGGUAUCUGCAGCGCCAGCCCCAGCUCGCUCACACCCAGCGUGAUGCUGCUAGCACAUGAGGUGCCCGAAUCCCUGCCAGAAAGUGCACCAAACUUCUGCAAAUUGUCAGAGGAGUCAACGCACACAGAACAGCUCGCACUCACCAGGUUUUUCCCUUUGAAGUUUGUAAAGCUCUCUGUCCACAGCCAAGACAAGCAUCACCUCAAGUUAAAGUUAGUAAAUGGCCGUUCCUACUAUCUGGAGCUCUGUGCCCCACCAGACCAGCAGCAGCAUCUAUUCCAGCAGUGGUUACAGCUCAUCUCUCUCCUGAGAUCCCCAGAAAAUACCGAGGUCAAUGUAUUAUAUGAGAAUUUUAGCACAAGCCAAGAGAAAACUCACAGCCCAAACAACCUGUUGGAAAAUAAGAACAACACACAAGAUGUCCCUAGCCCAAAAACAGAGGAAGAAAAAAGUAGUAUAAAAACCUCCUCCAAGCAAGAUCCCCUCUCAGGUAUAGUGGAGCCCAAUGAAGAGAGCAGAAGGAAAGAGGUAUCUUUCCACAGCUCCCUGAAACCAACCAGGCAAGGAAGCACCAUGGAGUCAAAGGAUAAAGCUCAUCUGGAUAGAAAGAAAAGCAAAAGCAAAAGCACAGACAAGAGGAAAGCCAGUCUAACUAUAGCUUUCAAAGGCAGAGCAGUAGCAGGUUCCUCAGAUCCCUCUGUGACAGUGAAGCCAGAUUCAAUUCAGCAGAAGCUGAUGGUCUUCCGGGGGCGCUCGGCGGAGGCGGCGCAACAAAGAGCGGCCGGCGGCAGCGACAACAGCGGCUGGAAGGGCGGCUGCCGCUGUCUGGAAACUGCAGGAGAAGUGGCGGAGGGGCCUGAGCGGAGGCAUCGCUCACGCAUGAGGUUGCUAGCAAAGGCAAACUGGCUGGUACUUGAGCUGUGA